AUGAAGGGAAGGGAACUUGUUCCUGGUCGGUCCUCAAGAGUGCGCAAGGAAAAGAAAGGUAACAAGAUGGUUGUUGAGAAAGUACUUGUCUGCUCACAACGUCAAGCAGCCGCCGAAAAGAACAUACUCCGACAAUGUGCAGAAUCUGAAGGGGCCAAGAACAUUGUCAAGAUGAUUGGUGAAGGUUUUACUGCAGAUUGCUUCACACUGACCUUUGAAUAUUGCGAGGAAGGCAGCCUGGACCAGUAUGUGAGUAAACGUUCAAACUCGAAGAAUCCUCUAGACGAGGCCGACUGUCGUUCUGUCGUAACCGACAUUGGCAGUGGAUUGGAGUUUCUUCAUAACUUGCGCAUAGAACACCGUAACCUGCAGCCAGAAAACAUCCUUGUGACAUGGUACAAUCGAGCGGUUUAUAACAUUGCAGGAUUUGGAUCGGCUCGCUCAUUGUCGGAAUAUGACGGGAGACGUGGCCUGGAACGUGACAUGAGACAUGGCGGGGAUCAUGACGGGGGACAUUUUAGCGUACAUGACGGGGGACAUUUUGGCGUACAUGACGGGGGACAUUUUGGCGUACAUGAAGGGGGACAUUUUGGCGUACAUGACGGGGAAGAUGGGGAACAUGACGAGAACGAUGAGACAGGAGACACUUGUUUUUCACCCCCUGAAGCGGCUCUGACAGAUAAAAGUGAUAUUUUCUCUCUUGGCGCUAUCGCCUUUGCUUUAUUGCGUCCUGAAUUCGACGACGACAAACUAGUUGCCUACUACACUGUACGCCGUCUUGCCGAGGUAAGAGGGGAAAUAGAACUCCGUCAUGUCGCUGACCAGGGACUUGGAGACGUGAUCAAGGCAGCCUUACGGAGAAACAUGUCCAAACGCCCAACUGCAGAACAAGUUUGUGAAAUGCUGAAAACAGUUUGCUCGGAUCCUGUUUUGAUGAAACUGGAUUAUGGCUACCUUGCAGUCUGUGCGAUUGGUAUUGGUGUUGGUAUUGGUGUGUUCCUGCGUCGCCAGUGA